AUGACCGCGAUCAGUGGACAUUCCGGCAAAGGUCUUGGAAAGCGACUCUCGAAACGUCACAAGAAGUACAGAAGCGAGCCAAUUCAAGGAAUCACGAAACCAGCGAUACGUCGACUUGCCCGACGUGCCGGCGUGAAACGCAUCUCCGGCCUCAUCUAUGCAGAGACUCGUGAUGUGCUUCGGACAUUUCUGGCAUGUGUGAUUAGAGACGCUGUGACGUACUGUGAGCACGCUAAACGCAAUACCGUAACCGCUAUGGACGUUGUCUAUGCGCUUAAGAGACAAGGACGUACGCUGUACGGUUUUGGAGGAUGA